UCUGUUCAAUUUGUUGUUUCUUCCUCGCAAUAUUGAACGAAGUGCCAUUUUAGACCAUCUUGCCACAGAAGAAGUUGCAACUACAAUAAUAUAGGAUACCGCAGUCCUCAGCCACAACUAUAAAACACACGAAAAAUGAAAGACAACAACAGCACCGAGCAACCAAACGCGGUCGCAUCCAUGGACGCCGCACGAAAUCCUUCCCGAACCGCCCCGCCCUCGAAGCACCGCGACGGCUUUGAACUGAUUUCCCGGAGGCCCAUUCGAUGGACCAACUAUGUCCGCCAGCAAAAGCAGCAGCAAGAGCCCCCAAAAUUCGUGGACAUUACGUAUCAUAUUUCGACCGAGGACCGGUGCGCCAGGAUUGCCUUCAAUCGCCCGCACGUCCUCCACGCGUUUCGCCCCCAAACCAUUCGCGAGAUUCAGCAGGCCUUGCUGCUCGCCACCGACGACGUUCGGAUCUCUGUGAUCGUGCUAACCUCCAAUGUGGAUGAAUCCGUUCGGACCCCUUCCUUUUGCGCCGGCGGCGACCAACAGGUUCGUUCGAACGACGGGGGCUACCAGGACGGGACCGAAACAGAGCCGAAACUGCGAGUCCUCGAAUUACAGGUCCAGAUGCGUCGGUCUCCGAAACCCAUUCUGUGCGUCGUGGACGGAUACGCAAUUGGUGGGGGGCACAUUUUGCACAUGGUCAGCGACCUGACCAUUGCAUCCACACGCUCUGUGUUUGGUCAGGUAGGUCCAAAAGAAGGAGCUCGUCCUCUGGGAAAUCUCAGGCCUCGAGCCAAAAACAAAUUCGCCCUGCUUUGCUCUAACGCGCUGUGUUGCGUUUCGCUCGUCACACAAAUGUUUUUCCACCGUACAGACAGGGCCAAGAAUGGGCAGUUUCGAUGCCGGAUACGGAAGCACGCGGAUGGCCCGUCUCAUCGGACAAAAACGUGCCCGCGAGCUCUGGUUUUUGUGUCGAUACAUGGACGCCAAGGAAGCUUCCAGCACCGGUUUGAUCAACGCAUGCUAUCCACACGACGAUCUCGAGGGCCGCACGGUAAGUGCUAAGUCGGUUUGGUUCAGGGACUCGUUCUGAUCCACAAAAGAUUCUGACGUGUGUUAUACUGCCGCAUCCAUUUUUUAUUCUUCGACUUACAACUCUUGUUCGAUAGGCCCAAUGGGUGCGUCGUAUCGCUAUGAACUCACCGACGGCGAUCGCCUGCACGAAAGCAGCUCUGAACGCCGAUGAAGAUGGGGCGGCCGGGAUUGCUCAAUUGGGAGGAGAGCUUACACGGCUCUUUUAUGGGUCGAAGGAAUCCCAGGAGGGCAGGGACGCCUUCUUGGAGCGACGACCACCCCAGUUCCUUAGAAGCAAGCUCUAAUGUUACCAGAAGGGAUCCGCUACGAUUUUCAAAAAUGAAGGGGGCGGUCAACAGAUGGAAGGGUUGGAUCGACACAGUUUUUGGAAGAACGACAAGUCGAAAGGCCACGAAUUGGAUUGGACUAUAAAAAUGAUUGAAUAAUAGAGAGGAAAAGAGAGAUGUCCGGUUUACUUCUUUCAACAGCACUGUGUGACAAUAAGAUGAACAGCUAUCUUCUUAGCAAGAUGGUGCGAAUGAGAAGGAGAUCGAUAACAAAACGAGGUCUUAAAAAUUUCUCCUACUUCGCCUGGCUCUGCUUUAGGAAGAAAGCAAGAUAUGUAUUACACUAUUAUCUCUGUACUUGUUUCGAAAUACCGAGAAAGACAAUAUCUUAUCAGUACAUAGCGCUUUCUAAUGAUUUUUGGGGUGAAAAAAAAAAAAACAAUUGAGCAAUGUAAUCGCGGCGAUGUCGAUCUCUCUGUCUGUAUUGCUUACGCCGACGGCAUCAUACGACACCUGAUCGCUGCACUUCAUCUUGUGUGCGCGUGACCCAACAUCAAGAAACCGCUAGGCGAUGGCAAAGAACACGGCGUGCUGUUCGACGAAAACGCCAAAUAACAUUUCCAUUCCUCACCUAUCUUGUCAAAGCUUUUAGCGUGCAUGUCGCUUUCGAAAGCCCCAUCAAGGCCAGGAAGUAUACUCCAAUGGUGCAUGUCCAAUACAGCGUUCGAAUAUUCAAAAGAUUCCUAAUGCAUMGAAGGAAAUGUGAAAUCCCGUAUUUACUAUUUGCCUUGACGACCCCAUCAGUGUUCUGUCUAUUCCUGUUGUUCGACUUUAUGCGGAAAGCCAGUGUAAAUCCAAAUGCAAUAACGUGUGCAACAAUUUGAAGAAAGAAGAGAUGCCAUAAGGACAACCAAUAGUGCGAAUGGAAUUGAAAGAGAGAAUGCGACGAUGAGAAACCGUGCUGUACGGGUUCGCUGUGAUACUUGUAGUAGUGAUAUUCUAAGAAUGCUGCCAUGCAGAAAUCGGCCAAAACGCUGAUGAUCAUAGGCAAAACAAAGCAAUAACCUGGAAAGAAUUUGUGAGAUAAAAACCAACACGCAAUAGAUGCAAGUCUUUAAA